CUGUCUGUCUGUCUGUCUACUUCAUAAAGAGUAUUCAGGUCUGCUCUGGUUGUUUGGUUGCUAUGGUAACGUGGUUACCCCCCUCGUUAAUGACAAACACAUGUGGACCUCCUCAAACAGGAAGUGACUCUUCAAAGUGACAUCAAAUGGCACAGGAAACAGAGUGUAUGUUUUUCAAAGUAAAAGCCUGGCUUUUGAAUCUGGGAACAGGAAGUGAUUUAAAAAGAAAAAUUGAUCAGACUUUGCGUCUGGCGUGUCACAUGAUGUCACAGCCUCUGUUCUGAUUGGUCAACGACAUCACUGACCUGUGACCCGCUCAGCGCUGGUCGUCUGUCACGUGUUCUCACGGUCAUGGUGGGCUGGAGCCAAUCCCAGCUGGCUGAGGGUGAGAGGCAGGGUCCGCCAUGGACACCUCCUGCCUCACUAUGGGAGGAAGUCAUGCACACAUCCACAUCAUUUCUUUUAUUUUAUAAAGAGGCUCUUAUUUUGAAGGUGAACACAGGAAGCAGCUGUGUUUGUUGUAUUAACUUGAAAAUCUGCUUCAAGUUUGAAUUUUUUUUCCUUCAGACGAAAAACUGAAGAAGGUUUGAGAGACGAGAAGAAAGACGAGGAGCUCGUUCCACUCAUUAACAGUUAAUCAGCUGAUUCAUUAUUCAUUCGUGGAGUUGUGAUGGAGGCGCGUGUGUGCAGCAGAAGGAGGCCCUGUGGUGGAGCUGCCAUCUGGCUGCAGGAGGCCCAGCUGAAGACAAAGAGGAGGAGGACCGGAGGGUCAGAGGAGAACCGGGACCCAGCAAGUCCACAGAGGAUCAGGAGGACCUGGAGACCAGAACAAAGAUGGUCCUCACAGUCUGGAUCCAGAACCAAGACCAGACCAGGGUUCAGGUGUGGAGCUGAGGUCCAGUCCUGCAGACCUGAGGUCAGGGUGGCCCUGAUCAGACAGACGACAGAGCUGGCUCAGGGUUUGAUCCUCACAGACAAGACUGGUCUAGGAUCCACCAAGACCAGGUCCCAGGUCAAGUCCAUGUCCCAUGUCAGGUCCACGUCCCAGGUCUGGUCCAGAUCCAUUUCAGGUCCUCUGAGGCCUGCUGGUCUGGUCUCAGAGAUCAGGAUCGGCAGGAGGAGGUCUGACAGAGUCGAGGAUCCGGAGUCCUGCAGACAGGAGGAGGCACCCAGGACCAGGACCAGGACUGGGAAUCAGGGGAGGCCUGAGACCAGGAGAAGGACCAAGAUCCACCCAUCAGUGUUCAGAGGGCGAGGUCGGCUGAGGCUGUCAAUCACUCCGGAGGCGGGGCAACUCAUCAUUCACAUCCACGAGGCCAGAGGGCUGAUGGGAAAAUCUCAGAAGUCAUGUGACUCCUAUGUGAAGCUGGCGGUGACCUCUGACCUCGUCAGUGACAGUCGGACCUUUCUGAACAACAAGAACCCCGAAUACGACCACAGCUUCAUCCUGUGUGUCAGUGAUGACCUCGUCCUGAACAGGUUGAUAAUUUCUGUGUUCAGCAGGUGCAGUCAGCUGAUCGGCUGUAUGAGCUUUGGGAUUGGUUCUCUCGUCUCAUCCUCUAAGCUUGUCACUGGUUGGUUCUACCUGCUGGGGGAGGGGUUUGGCCAUCGCAAGCACCUGAGAGUGACAUCACAGAGGAACAAGCCAAUGAGGAGACCAGGCGCAGACCUCAGGAGGACUCCAGACUCCGCCCCAGAUACCGACCCGACCCGCGUCACCACCACCAACCUGUCCAACGCCACCACUGGACUCAAAGACCUGACAAACUACAGCCUGACCUCGAGUCGACCUCAGAACCUCGACCCUGCCAACAUCUCCACACUGCACAGCAACCAACGGCAGGCGACACGGGCCAGCAUCCAGCAACUGACAGUGAACGUGGUUCGGGGUAAAGAUGGUUUCGGGUUCACGAUCUGCUCCGACUGUCCGGUCCGAGUCCAGGCCGUCGACUCAGGUGGUCCAGCUCAUCAGUCUGGUCUCCGUCAGGGCGACUCGGUCCUGCAGCUGAAUGGACUUCCUGUGGAGACCUGGAAGUGUGCAGACCUCGCCCACGCCAUCAGGAGUUGCCCGUCUCACAUCGUCUUGGUGGUCUGGAGAGGUUUACCUGAGUUCAGGUCAGGCUGUGAAACUUUGCUCCGCCCACCGACACACAACAUGACAACAGGCAGAAAGUUGCUGCCCCCCCCCGCCCACAGUAAACAUGGCCGCAGACGGACUCAGGGUUCUGGGGUCCGGUCCAGUUUGGGGGCUCUGGGUUCUCUGUGGAGGGACAGGAAGGAGAACCGGGAAGAGGAGGAGGAGGAACAGGAAGUGACGGAGUAUUCGCCGUGUACCGCAACACUGAAGGGAACCCGUGUGACAUCAUCACAUGGAGACAACUACAUCAUCCUGUCACCUGUCAAUCAAGGAGGACAGCUGCUGCAGCCGGUUUAUCACGACAGGAACGGAACCAUCGGUCGUCUGUACCAGACUCACCCCAGUAGAGGACAGAACCUCCACGACCCUCAACCUGGGUCAUCACAGAGACCAUUCACCAGCCGGACCUCCACCCUGCCCCCACCCCCCUCCACCUCUGCCUCCUCUUCAUCUGCCCCACCCAGUAACUACGGCAACUACCAGAACUGCACCAUCGUCCAAUCACAUCUGCCCUGCUCUUCCUACGGGACCUACGUCACCCUGGCGCCCAAGACCCUGAUCUUUCCCAUCUUCGUCCAGCCUUUGGACCUGUGCAGUUCAGACAGAACCCUGCUGAUGGCCGAGGAAAUGGUUCUCCAUCAGGCCGACCUGCUGCCCACAAAGGUGACCGUGUUGAUCUACAGCGACUUGCUGCUCUUCACCAGAGAGGACGAAGCCGGACGCUGUAACGUCCUACAGAGUCCACUGUACCUGAACACACUGCAGCUCAGAGAAGUGUCCUCGGAGCCGCUCCACAUCUACUUCCUGCGGAGCUCCCAGAGUUCCUGGCGUUGUCUCUUCAGUCUCGAGGCGUUCAGCGUCGAGCAGAAGGUCCGAGUCAGUCUCUGUCUCCAUGACAACAUCCAGCUACAGCUGGUCGCCACGGAGACCGGACACACCCACCAGCUCUCAGACCUCCCCUCAGACUUUGGCCUCCUCUCUCUCCGUCAGUCUGACCUCCUCUAUCGUCCAUCCUCCCCUUACUCCUCCUCUGAUCCUCCCCUCCUUCACUCCUCACCUCCUUACUCCUCCUGUGAUCCUCCCCUCCUUCACUCCUCAGCUCCUUGCUCCUCUUUGUGUGACCCUAUCAGACCUCCCUCUCCUUACUCCCCCAGCUCUUCCUUCUCCUCCUCCUUUUCCUCACCUCUUUCCAGGGCUUUCACCACCUUAUCACAGUUCCUCCCCUCGCCUCCUCCAUCCUGCUCCGACCAGAGGAGUCCGGUCUGGAAGGAGAGGGGAGGAGCAGAGGAGGACCUGAGGAGGAGGAGAAGGGGUGAGGAUGAGGAGGAGGAGGUGGAGGAGCGGCAGCAGGGGGAGGGGGAGAGUGCCUCGGAGACAUCUGAACAUGUGGGGGGAGUCUGUGUGCGGGGCCUCCUGCUCAGCUCCACCCACUUCAAUGAGGAAGAGGAGAGCGAGGAGGAGGAUGGAGGAGGUGCUGAGGAGAAGUUCAUCUACAGACCUGAAGUUCUGCGGCGCUCGCUCUCCGAGGGUUCUUUGCUGCAGGAACCUCGAUCGCCUCGCUUCCUGUCCGACAGCACCAUCCAUCGACUCACCUGCCCCGCGACCUUUGACCCCGACCCCAGCCCCGCCCCUCGACGCCCCUCCAUCCACACCCUGAGGAAACAGCUGACAAAAGAGGGGGGGUCUCUGCACCACAUGCUGCUGCUCCUCAAUGGCACCAAGGAUGCCGAGUUCAGAAACCUGCACCUGAAGAAGAAGACCAGGAACCUAGCCGCUGACGUUCAGAGCCGCCUGCCAUUUCUACGACGACGGAAAAACAGUGCCUGUGUCCAUGGCAACAGUUUGGAGAAAGCUCUGAGGAACAACAGACCAUCUCCUGGUGAGGUCCUGAGGUGGUCGGAGAACCUGGAGGCUCUGCUGACCAAUCAGUAUGGUCUGGCAGUGUUCCGUCACUUCCUGAGGUCAGAGUUCAGCGAGGAGAACCUGGACUUCUGGUUGGCUGUGGAAAGAUUCAAGAGGACACGCCCCCUCAGCAAGAUGGCUGCCAGAGCUGCGAAAAUCUAUGAAGAGUUUAUUUCUACCAACGCAGCAAGACAGGUCAACGUAGACUCGUCUGUCAGAGAAUCCACCAAUCAGAGCUUGCAUCUUGGCGUUAGUCCCGCCUCCUUCCAGCUGGCCCAGGAUCAGAUCUACAGCCUGAUGGAGGCGGACAGCUACCCACGCUUCCUCAGGUCCCGCCUCUACACCCAGCUGACCAAUCAGGGCACAGAGAUGGCCACAGAGUCAGCGAAUUAGAGCCGAGCUGGGCAUGUGAGCCAAUCAUGAGUGAGGAGGAGACCUCAAGAUCAGAGCCUCUGAUUGGCUUCAGCUCCAGUCAUCCAUUGAGAGAGGAGCUGACCAACAGGUGCAUUAUGGGAAAUGUGGUCUCCAGUGUUUGCUGCUCAGAUUUUCACUUUUUAUCGACACAUUGAAUCAUUUUAAUUUCCUUUAAUUAAUAAUUGACUUUAAGUUUUUAGUUUUAUUUUAACUUCCUGUGACGUGAACGUUGUGAUCACGUGUGUUAACUGAUCUCAUGUUAACUGAUCACGUGUUAACUGAUCACAUGUUAACUGAUCACAUGUUAACUGAUCACAUGUGUUAACUGAUCACAUGUUACGUCUCCGCUGACAUGUUUGAGUCAUGCUAACAGCUCAGAUGGUUCCCGCUAAUGAUCUAAUGUUAGCAUGCUAACACGCUAAACUAAGAUGGUGGAUGGAUACCUGCUAACGAGAUUAGCAUGUUGAUGUUAGCAUGUUGCUGUUCGUGUGUCGUCAGAACCAACAGGACGUCGGGAUCACAGUGACGGUCCGUUUUAGUGCAGCUCGUCCCUGACAUUAGUUAAAUGUUCUAUUAAUGUUGUUACUGUAACAAAAGAUGACUAAAGGUUUAACGAGGGUUGUCUGCUGGAAACAAUAAACGAUGAUGAUGAUGGACA